AGAUUCCGCACACAGAGACGCUCUCCUGUGGGUUCGUUCCCCAGUCUCCGAAUCCCUCUCCCGCUCCCGCUCCCGCUCCCGCUCCCGCUCCCUCUUCCUCUCUCCCUUUCUCCUUCUCUCCCUCACACACGCUCAGAGGCCGGUAAAGGGUGUUUCCCGGGCCUUUUCGUCCUUGCUUGGUUUUGAUCAGCGGAGCUGCAGCUUAAGUUGUUUCAAGUGGGAUGACGAUACGUUCUUAGGAGUUGGCUUGUUUAUGCAGUCAUGGAACAAGCUGAAGGGCAAAUGGAGCGGAGCAGUCUAAAAUGGAGCGACCAACAACUUGAUUAUUUAAUUGCAUGUAUGUUAGAACAAGCACGUAUUCCAGGGAUGAAGUCAGGAGGGGCAUUGAAAGGAAAGGCAAUGAGGGCAGUAGAAAAGAAGAUGAUUAAGAGGUUCGGGCAGGAUUAUAAUUUAGAAAAGAUUAAAAAUAAGCUGAAGCGAGCCAAACCAAACAUGCACAUCUGCAGAGAGAUGUUGAAGACUGAUGGAUUUGCUUGGAAUGAUAGAAAGAAGCAGAUUGAGGUGGAUGAUGCUAUUUGGAAAAGUUACGUUCAGAAAUAUCCUUCAAGACGACCAUACAGAAAUGCUGAUAAGUGGAAGUACUACAAAGAAUUUUCAGAAAUAUUUGAAGAUGCCACUGCAGCGGAUGAGCAUGGAGAGCAUGGAGCCAUAGUAGCACAUGAGACACCAUGUGACUCAAACAAUGAUGAUCAAUCUAUGGAACAAGAUGAAGGACAAUGUGAGAGAGACAGUAGCCUUACAUGGAGUAGUCAUCAGGUUGAUUAUCUAAUUGAGUGUAUGUUAGAGCAAGCACGCAUACCUGGAAUGAAGGCAGGCGGAGGAUUGAAACUAAAUGCUAUGAUGGCUGUAGCUGUGAAGAUGAUGGAGAGAUUUGGUCCAGAAUAUAAUUUAGACAAGAUUAAAAACAAGUUGAAACGUGCAAGGCCAAAUUUGCGCGUUUGCAAAGAGUUGUUAAACACUGCGGGGUUCUCCUGGAACAGUGAGAAAAAAUGUAUUGAAGUAGAUGAUGCAGUAUGGAGAGAGUACAUUAAGGCAUAUCCAUCAAGGCGUCCAUACAGAAAUCCUGAUAAAUGGAAAUACUAUGAACAAUUGUCAGAGAUAUAUGAUGAAUCAAGUACAGUAAGCGAGGGUAGGGAUGCAAUGGCAAUUGGGACACUGUGUGAAGCAGAAAAUGAUGAUCAAUAUACACAAGAUGAGGGACAAUCAGAUAGGAAUGGUACCCUCAAAUGGAGUGAUUAUCAGGUUGAGUAUCUAAUUACAUGUAUGCUAGAACAAGCACGUACACCAGGCAUGAAGCUGGGAGGGAAAUUAAGAGGCAAGGCUAUGCGGGAAGUAGAAAGAAAGAUGAUUGAGAGAUUUGGGCCAGAGUAUAACUUAGAAAAGAUUAAAAAUAAGUUGAAGCGUGCCAGACCUAACAUGCACAUCUGCAAAGAGAUUUUAAAUACUAAUGGCUUCUCGUGGAACAAAGAAAGGAAGCAGAUUCAGGUUGAUGAUGCUGUGUGGAGUGACUAUAUUCAGAGAUACCCUUCAAGGCGACAGUACAGAGAUGCUGAUAAGUGGAAGUACUUUGAAGAAUUUUUAGAGAUAUUUGAGGAGCCCACCACAGUAGUCAUGGAGUCACAUGAAGCAAACAACAGUGGUCAGUGUGAGACUCUGCCUCCUCCUCCACAGUCUGUUGACGAAAUGACUUCAUAUACAUCCUUAGCACAAGAUGAAAACCCAGUCCAAAGCCUACCCCCAAAUGAGCCAUCUUUUGGCACUAAACCCGAAGCGAAGGAGUCCAGCGAUCUCCCACCUACUGGUCACAUGCAGAUAUCGGAGAUGUUAGGGAACCUUUGCCAAUGUGUCAAAUCUUUUAUAGAUGCGUCGUCCUUGAACCUCAUCAAUAAAUGUGGGCAGAUCUUGAAGGAAAUGCAUGGGAAAGGGGAGAUUAAUGAUGACUUUUUUAUGAAGUCUUUGGAUUUAUUUGAAGACAGCAACAAGGCAGCCAUUUUUUUGAAUCUGCAACCAAAUAUGAGGGUUGGAUGGCUAUCCAAGAAAAUCGGCCAACUAUAGGUGCUUCUCUUCUAACUCUUUCUUUGGUUGCAAGUUUUGUAACACCGCAACAUUUUUCAUGUGUUUGUAUGAAUUCUGCGAGUAUCAGUACAGAUUCUUCCUCUUAGUUACUCCGUAGACACAUUCACGUAGCUUCAUCGUACAUUCGUUGUCUUGUUAGGCUUUUUUUUCUUCUUCUAGUCGUUUUUUCUUCGACGCAAUUGAUUUGUAACUAUAUAAUGUAUUAGUUUUCUGCUAACACUUGGACAUGAUGUCCAAUUGUAAUGGGAGUGAAUGCAGGAGGAUGUAUGCAUACUGAA